GCAGGGUAGUAAAUUGUUCCAAAUUUGAAUGGCAAUUACGUAAUGCUAAUAUAACAUGACCUCCUCCUGUUCUCUCUCGAUCCUUCGUUUUCUCUCUGCAAAAAACACCAGUAAAUGGAUAUUAGCUCAAACAUGUCAUAGGCCGAUUUGCUUCUCGAUCAUCUGCAAUCUUGUUGAUUUUGUUUAUUAUAAUCGAUAAAAUUCAAUCGUACCUCUCGCUGCGGUUUUCGCGACCAAAACCGAUUGACUGAUUGGAUGAAUGGAAACAAGGCGUCUUGGUGAAUUGUUAUGGUUUAUUUGGCUUCUGUAAAGAGAUUGUCUACUUGUCUGUGGGUUCUAGAAAUUUCUGGAUACAAGAAAACAUGGAAGAAGAAGAAUACGUAAUGCAAGGCUUAGACGAGAUGGAUGAAGUAGUCUAUAGAGAUGAAGGCAACUCAGACUCUGACGUGGAUGAAAUUGGCUCCAUGGAUAAUGAGACACAGGAUACUACAGCAGCUCAAGCUAGAGCGGGGAGAGAUAUCCAAGGGAUACCCUGGGAAAGGCUUAGCACGACAAGGGAUAAGUAUAGAAAGAGUAGAAUAACACACUAUAGGAAUUAUGAAAACGUUCCUCAAUCUGGGCAGGCAUCAGAAAAGGAAUGCAAAUCCACUGUCAAGAGUGGCUCGUAUUAUGAAUUCAGGCGGAACUCGAGAUCUGUGAGACCGACAAUUAUGCAUUUUCAGUUGAGGAAUUUGGUGUGGGCUACAUCCAAGCAUGAUGUUUACUUCUUGUCACACUACUCGGUUAUGCAUUGGUCAUCGUUAACAUGCAUCAAGUCAGAAAUUCUUAAUCUAUCAGGGCAUGUAGCACCUUCCCAGAAACACCCUGGAAGUAUGAUGGAGGGAUUUACGAAGGUCCAGGUCAGCACACUGGCAGCGAAAGAUAACCUGCUUGUUAUAGGAGGUAUUCAUGGACAACUUAUCUGCAAGUAUCUAAAUAGGCCUGGAAUUGCAUACUGCACCAGGACAGCCUAUGAUGAAAAUAACAUCACAAACGCUGUUGAAAUAUACACGUCUAGCCGUGGUGCACUUCAUUUUAUAGCUUCAAAUAAUGACUGCGGAGUUCGAGAUUUCGAUGUGGAGAAUUUCAAAAUAGCUAGCCAUUUUCGUUUUUCUUGGCCAGUCAAUCCUGUUGCUACACUACGCGGACACUCGGACUACUCUUUCGCGUCCGCAUGGCAUCCAAGUGGGACAACCUUUGCCACGGGCAACCAAGACAGGACUUGCCGGAUUUGGGACAUCAGGAAUCUCUCCAAAUCGACGGCCACCGUGCGUGGACAGCUGGGAGCCGUCAGAUCCAUCCGUUACACAUCCGACGGCCGAUUCAUGGCCACAGCUGAGUCAGCAGAUUUCGUUCACAUUUACGAGGUUGAUAGCGGAUACGAAAAAGAGCAAGAAAUCGAUUUUUUCGGGGAGAUUUCGGGAAUAUCUUUCAGUCAGGAUGAUGGAGAGACACUUUUCAUAGGGGUGUGGGACCGAACGUAUAGCAGCUUUAUCGAGUUCGGGAGGCAAAGGCAGUAUUCGUAUCUCGAUUAUGUCGUUUAAAGGUUUGUUUUAGGAGUUUGUCAGGGAAUGUAAAGGGUUUUGUGUGUAUAUAGGAUGAAGCUUUUGGUUUUUUGGCUCUUCUUUCACUUAUACAUCUUUUAGUAGAGAGUAAGUACACUACAGACUGGUGAAAAGCUUGUUUGGAUAAAAAUGAAAUGUAUAUUCAUUGUGUCAUGAAGCUGUGUUGUAUCAUGAAGGUGUGUGUAUCUGGUUGCUAUACUUAUCCAAAUUAGUGUUUCAAUUC